AUGUCGACAACCCCGCCGCGGAAGGCUAUGCCUUCAGCGCUCACGUUUGAUUUAGAGCGCAAAUGUUCUACCACCAAAGCCCGCGCAAGCACCCUAAAACUUCCUCAUGGAAGUGUGUCUUUGCCGAUAUUCAUGCCCGUUGCGACGCAGGCUUCCCUCAAAGGGCUUACAUAUGACCAGCUCAAGCAAACAGGCUGCAUGCUGUGCCUAAAUAACACCUACCACUUAGGCUUGAAACCGGGGCAGGCAGUCCUAGAUAAAGUGGGAGGGGCCCAUAAGCUUCAGGGGUGGGAUCGGAAUAUUCUGACAGAUAGCGGAGGGUUUCAAAUGGUUUCUUUGCUCGAACUUGCAGAGGUUACCGAGGAGGGUGUUCGGUUCCUCAGCCCACAUGAUGGUACACCGAUGCUGCUCACGCCAGAACACUCAAUUUCAUUACAAAACUCCAUUGGAUCCGAUAUCAUCAUGCAGCUCGACGAUGUGAUUGCGACAACUUCACCAGAUCAUACCCGAAUUCACGAAGCAAUGGAGCGCUCAGUCCGCUGGUUAGAUCGCUGCAUUGCGGCCCACAAGAACCCGGAGACACAAAACCUGUUUUGCAUUAUCCAGGGUGGACUAGACCUGGAGCUGCGCAAGAAGUGUUGCGAAGAAAUGGUCGCCCGAGAUACACCGGGAAUUGCAAUUGGAGGCCUGUCUGGCGGGGAGGCCAAAGAGGAAUUUUGCAAGGUUGUCGAUACUUGUACUGGACUUCUUCCAGAGCAUAAGCCGCGGUACGUGAUGGGCGUGGGCUAUCAAGAGGACCUGAUUGUAGGAGUAGCCCUUGGCGCGGACAUGUUCGACUGCGUUUGGCCAACGAGAACUGCUCGUUUCGGUACAGCCUUAGUUUCCACAGGCAACCUGAACCUGAGGCACGCCUCUUUCGCCCAUGAUUUCAAGGCUGUGGAAGAAGGCUGUGACUGUAUGACAUGCAAGCCAAGAGAAGAGGGCGGCUUAGGCAUCACAAGGGCAUAUCUCCACCACCUGGCUGCUAAAGAGACGGCAGGGGCACAUCUCCUCACCAUCCACAACGUACACUACCUGCUUAAGUUGAUGGGAAGAGCACGACAGGCUAUUUUGGAGGACCAAUUCCCGGCCUUCCUUCGAAGCUUCUUUACGACGCUAUACGGAGAAAAGCCCAAGAUUCCUUCGUGGGUCGUGGGCGCCUUGCAGGGAGUAGGUGUCAACGUGUUAGAAGAUUGA